GUGAAUUAAUCAGGUAAAUUUUUCAAGAAUAAAAUAGUGUGUCUAUAUGUACGCUAAAGUCAGGCGACCAUUAUGGAGUUUUUUUCUCCCCGCUACUAUAGGUAGUCGCUUUCGAACCAUUGGCUAUAACUCCUUUAUGUUGAUGUUUCUUAUUUCAUCAGCAGCCAUUUUGAAUAGGCAGUCUCACUACCGGGCUAAAUUGUCCGAUGAGGAUGAAAAAACCUAUGACCGAAUCAACCGUCGAGCUUAUAUUGCAUUGCCUGAUGGCCGCAUGGCGCUUGUCUACCCCAUUAUUGACACCCAGACAACCUUUACUCGAACAGUUUUAGCAUUUUUGGACACUGUUAAUAUAUUGCCCUGAAAAUUUUAUCUAUAACCAAAUCUCUAGGACAUUUUUUUCAACCUAUAGUUUUUUUCGUCACCAAACAGUGAUAAGUAGACUGUACUAUUUUUCUUGAUUAGUAUCGUCUCUUUUUGUCUCUUCCAUGUGGUUUCGAAAUCAUCAUAUUAGACAGAAACUUAAGUUGUUUUUUUUUUCAUAAAAUCAAGGGAAUAAUGCAGGCUUAGUAGAAAUAGAAGUGAUUUAUUUAUAUUUAGGAAACUCUAAAUGCCUAAAACGAUUUUAUAAAAGUGCAUUGUAUAUAGAAAUAGAAAUAUUGAUAUCUAUUCCUAUGUUUCUAAAAUUCUUAGUUUAUUAAUAGCGUUAGCUGUGACCUAUUCUCAUAGUAAGGAGGAGGGAGCCGUUGGUUUUAUGGAAAUUUAUUGUGAGAAA